AUGAGCGCGCUGUGUCGUCUGCCGCUACGGGCAUUCGUCAGUCCCGCCGCAAUUAUCGGUAAACCGCCUUCGAUCACCGCUUCGUUCCACUCCAUUGCGAAGCCCUCGCUGCGUUCGUCGCCUUCUCGCGAAAUUAUCACAUCUUCAAGGAGUCGCCAUGUUGCGCGUCUGGCGCUGUCCACGGGCCGUUGGUAUUCGAGCCCAGCACAGGGCGAGUUAAAUGCGGAGAAGGUCUCGGAGAACAAGUCAAAGGACUCGGGCUCGAGUCAGGGUCAGCGAAGGGCGAUCAAGUAUUUGGCUGUCUUUGGUGCACUUGGUUUGGGCGCACUGGUCUUUUCCGAUCAGUACAUGCAUGCAUACCGCGCGGCGGCGAGAAGUGGUCGCGUGGUUGGCACCUUGGCUGUCUGCAUUAACGACUUCCUCCCUGAAGAACGUGAGGCUCUGAUCAAGGCUUGCCACAAGCGUUGUGCGGAGCGCACUCUGCGCGUUCUGGAAACCAACGGAUCGAUAUUCAUCAAGCUGGGCCAGCAUCUGAGCAGCAUGGGAUAUCUGCUCCUUAUCGAAUGGACCACAACUUUCAUCCCGCUACAGGACAAAUGCCCCGUUUCGUCGAUCGAAUCAAUUGGCGAGAUGUUCCAAAAAGACACUGGUCACACUAUCGACGAACUCUUCAGUUAUUUCGAUCCAAUCCCCACUGGUGCUGCUUCUCUGGCACAGGUGCACAUCGCAACGUUGCGCGAAACUGGUCAGAAGGUCGCAGUCAAGGUCCAGCACCCGGCGCUCGCUGAAUGGGUCCCUCUGGAUCUGGCCUUGACUCGCUUUACUUUCUCUAUGCUGAAGAAGUUCUUCCCGGAGUAUGAUCUUGAGUGGUUGUCUCGAGAGAUGGAUCUAUCCUUACCCAUUGAACUGGAUUUCCGCUGCGAGGCACAGAACGCCACCAAAGCCAGUGAAUACUUCAAGAAGCAUCCUGACCUUCCCCUGAUCAUCCCCGAGGUAAUGUGGUCUCAAAAGCGCAUCCUAGUCAUGGAGUACAUCUCAGGCGCCCGUCCCGACGACCUCGCCUUUUUGGACGCAAACCACAUUGACCGUGACGAGGUCUCUGCAGCCUUCGCCCACAUCUUCAACGAGAUGAUCUUCGGUGACGACGCUCCUUUGCACUGCGAUCCUCACGGAGGAAACAUCGCCAUUCGUUUGAAUAACACUCGUCGCCACCCGAAUUUCGACAUCAUUCUGUACGACCACGGCCUGUACCGCAAUAUCCCGCGCGACCUACGCCGUAAUUACGCCAAGCUCUGGCUGGCUGUCAUCGACGCUGACAUCCCGCGCAUGCGCGAGUACGCUCACAAGGUAGCCGGUAUCACAGACGAGCAGUUCCCGCUGUUUGCCAGUGCCAUCACGGGUCGGGAUUACAGCGUUCUCAAGAAGAAGAACGUCGCCUCCAUACGUACGGCAGAGGAGAAGAAGGAGAUCUCCGGCGCUCUGGGAGAGGGUAUGCUCCAGCAACUAGUCGAGAUGCUGGGUCAAGUACCCAGAAUCAUUCUACUGAUCCUCAAGACAAACGAUCUCAGUAAGUCACAAGUCACAUCUGUGCUCAAACACCUCUCAACAGGACCUAACGCCCUGAAAGCCCGCAGUCUCGAUGAAAAUCUACAAACCCGCCAAGGCCCCAUGCGCACCUUCCUCAUUCUAGCACGGUACGCCAUGCGCUCGGUCUUUGAAGAGCAAAUGGAGUCGAUCCGCGAAUCCGGCGGUGUUCUCUUCAAUUUCUUCCGGUUCAUCUCCGCCUGGGCUGGGUUCCUGCGCGUCGAGGUGAAAUUAACUGUGUACGAGACCGUGCUUUCAUUAAAGAGCCGCCUUGGCAUGAUGACUAGUGUCUGA